UUCAGUUAUUGCAAACAUUUGAGUUAUUAAUGCAGAAUGUUGGAUUGGAGCAUCCGUGCAUGCACUAUUCCGUGCCUAACACCAAUUUCCAUAAAGUUUGCAAAGGACUCAACCAAAGCUCGCCUGUGUUGCAUGGUGGUAGGGCUGAUGUUUUCAUUGGUUCAGCCCAAAUAUGAAAUGAAUCUCUGUAAAGUGGAGCCGUCUCUUGUUCAGCUGCUCUGCCUGUUGAGCUAGUUUGGUGAGUUUCUUUAACCGCUGUUUUUUUCCUCAUCUAUAAUCACGGUGUGAUCCAUUGUCAUCAUUUGAUUUCACAGCAGUAGUUCUCCUGACAGGACAAGGCAGUGCUACAAAAGACUACUGACUUACCCGCUGAACAUUACCAAUAGAGAAGGAGCUCAGUCAAUUGUUUAAGAGGAUGUCCAGAGUUCCCAUUCCAGGGGGGCUGUUUACAGAGGAGUAACACAUGGAAGACAUUCCAAUGGAUCACAUCACAUCAGCAUGUUUUUAGGACAUCUUCUGUCUUUUCGGCUGUAGCUGUGUUUCCUGAACGCACAGCAGCAUGGACACAAUGUUUGCCCACUUGCUGUCUGUGCUGUGUGUGCUGUGUCUAUCACCUCUGGUGUCCUCGAACACGCUCACCCGACGUGCCAUACGCUUUGAGCCGGCGAUGCUGGACUUCAGUGAACACCCUGUGGGGAUGCUCAAGAUGGAGAAGGUGCACCUCCACAACCCCGGCUCAGAAGAGAUCAGUCUGAUGUCCAUAUCAGGCUCCACAGCACACUUCCAUGCAUCCUUCUUCAAGCACGCUAUACUGCCACCAGGAGGAAUGACCUCGUUUGAUGUGGUGUUCCUGGCCCGCGUGGUGGGAAACAUAGAGAACACUUUAUUCAUCAACACAUCACAUCAUGGUCUGUUUGCAUACCAGGUGUUUGGGGUGAGUGUUCCAAACCUCUACAGACUGAGGCCCUUCACCGUGCCCCAGGCCCCCGUAGACGAGCCUUCCUCCCCUCUGAUGAACCUCCAACCGUCUCACAGUCAACCUCUUCAGGUGGUGGAGAUGUACUGCAGUGGAGCAGACUUACAUCUAGAACUGCCCACAGGCCAACAGCCACACACUGAGGACUUAUGGGAGCUUCCCCCGUUUGAGAAGAGAGCGAGCUUUGUGUCUCGGCAUGCAGACGACCACAUGUCUUUCCUGGGGGUGAGACCCACCACCCCCAGCCCGGACCAGUCCUCCGUCCCCCCUUUGGAGCCCUCCUCCGACGCUCCUGCAAUCUACUCCUCCAAAGAGGUGCUUGACUUUGGAACGCUGCGGGCACAAGAUCGCCCCAGAACGUUGAAUCUCCUUUUAAACGCAGGAGCAGAAGAUGUUGGGAUCACAAGUGUACGAACGUCACCAUCAAACGCAGCGAUCUCAGUGGAAUUUAAGGGGGUUACUCUGAAGGAACGAGGAUACACCAAAGUCGCGAGUAUAACUUUUGAUCCCUCUAAAGCAGCAGGGCCAGAGCAGUCGUCUGGUAAGAUCACGGUGAAGGUGACAGAGAGGAGUUAUCCCACACUAGAGAUCCCUUACCAAGCCAACGUGCUAAAAGGCUACCUGAGUUUUGAGGAUGCCACCACUCUGUUUCACAUCAGGAACAGUCCCCUGGACCCAGUGGUCAGACCCAUCUACCUCACAAACACCUUCGGCUACCCGGUCCAGAUCCUAAACGCUUCCCUUAAGCUGGACGCCACAACCAUGUUCACUGUUCAGAAUCUGAGUUCGGUGGUCCUCCCACCUCAGGGGUCCCAGUACGUCUUCUCGCUGGUCUUCCAGCCUGUCCGUCCGUCUGUCCUCAUCAACAGCAAUGUCCUCCUGCACACCAACCUCUCUCGCUUCCACCUCCCCGUCCUGGCCUACACAGGCCUGUUGGAGACCCUGGUUCUUCCUCCCAGUCUUCAGGAUAGCUUCCUGGACUUUGGGGUUCAGAGUUCAACGAAAACCAGCAGCAUUACUCUGGUUGUCAUCAACGGUAACCCCAUAGAGCUUGAGAUCAAGUCCUGGCUGGUGACAGGGGACAGCUUCUCCAUGGAGCUGCUGAAGACGGGCAGGGGGAACCAGUCGGUGGUGCGGGGGUGUGCUGGGGAGCUGCAGCAGGCCCCCGCCUCACAGAAGAGAAUGGUGAUACUAGCGUCAGGCUACUACGCAGCGUUCAGAGUCAGCCUGAUAGAUAACAGCCUCAAGGGAACGUAUGAAAGAGCCGUCCACAUCACCACUGACUACGAGAUAUUGACCAUACCUGUGAAAGCCCUUAUCGUCGUGGGAAUGCUAUCCAGUAGUCCCGAAAGCCUCAACCUGCCCCCCUCCUUUCCUGGUAAGGUGGUGCACCAGGGCCUGGUCAUCCAGAGCUCCUUCAGACAGCCGUCCGAGCUGCGGCAGGUGGUGUCUCUGACCCAGGACCCGCGCUUCACCCACAGGAGGCUCCGCAACGCACGCACCCUGGAGCCCCGCCGCCGCACCAAGGUGGCCAAUAUAUAUUUUGACGCCGGUCUGCAGUGUGGGGAUGACUGCUACGUUGGCCUGCCCUUUGUUCUUAAAGGGGAGUCCAUGCCUGGUGGUCUGGUGUUGCAGGAGGACAUCUGGGAUGAGGACGUUGACCUCCUCCAGAAGCUCCUGGGACGAUGGAACGACCUUGUGGAUCGCUCGGGACACGAGAUCAAGGCAGUGUUUGAGGUGAACUCCGAGCUGCAGGAGAACUUUAGGUCAGAGGUAGUGGCCAGGCUGACCUGGCCGUCGCUGCUGAACUCCACCCACCGAAUCGUGUUUCCUCUGACCAACGCCAACAGCUCCUCGGAUGAGGAGGUGGUUCUUGCGAACCCUGCUGAUGUUCCGGUCUUCGUUCAGCUUCUCCCCCUGGCUCUGUUCCCCAGUCCAUCCGUGUUUUCUGGAAAGCUGGCCGACAGGGUGCCGUGGGCCAAUUUAUCCAACAUCAACAUUGACACCAAAACUCUGGAAUUCCACGUGCACCAACAUCCAUCAGCACCAGAGAGCAGUGGUCCGGGGUUCCAGGGACCCUCCCCGUCCUUGGUCCACAACAUGCUCCUCCAGCCGGGAGAAAGCAAGUCCUUCAGCGUGAGGUUCACCCCCAGCAGCAACCACAGCGUCUCCUCUCUGCUCAUAGUCCGGAACAACCUGACUGUGAUGGACGUGUUGCUGCUGGAGGGACAUGGAGUUCGAGAACACCUUAGGGUGGGUAAGAAGACCCAAGGACAAGAUGGUUACCUCAGGUUCAAGGUGACGGAAGCCCUCCUCAGACACUGCACCAACCAGACCAACCCGAAGGAGCCCACCCAUUCUCUGCGACGAUCCUUCAAGGUGGAGAACGCCGGUGUGCUGCCGGUUCACGUCACGUCAGCGCAGAUCAACCGACACGCGUGUGGAGGACACGGCUUCACCGUGCUGGACUGUCAGGAUUUCAUCAUCCAACCCAACUCCUCCAGAGAGCUCGUCAUACUGUUCACUCCAGAUUUCUCUGCGUCUCGAGUGAUCCGGGAGCUGAGGCUGGUAACGCGUGGAGGUUCAGAAUUCGUGUUUGUCCUGAAUGCCUCGCUGCCCCACCACAUGCUGGGGGCCUGUGCCAAGACGCUUCCGCGACCAGCCUGGGAGUGGGACUUCUGCUUCUGGAUCUCCCUCGUCAUGAGUUUCAUGUUGCUGCUGGUGGGAUUCAUGGCCUACCUGGAGGCCCGCAGCCUUUGGGAGACGUUCACAACUCAUCUCUCCAUGGAGGCUGGCAGAGAAACUAACAGCCUAGCGCAUUCCAACGGCCCCCAUGGCCCCCCGCUGACCUCCAGAGGGUUCUACGGCCCUGGGGGCGGGGCCUCUCAUGUGGGCGGUCGCCACGGCAACGGACGCACCUUACCCGAUGUGGGCGGUCCAGACAGGAAGUCCAGGGCUGGCGGUUUAUGUGCCAUCGCACAUUGGGCGACUUUCUCCCAGCCGGCCAAUGGGAGCGCCUCAGGCUCAUCUCAGCCGGCCAAUCGGAAGGCUCAGAGCGGCAGGCAGCCACCAAUAGUGGGGAUGGGUGAGGUUGAGGGUCAGCCUGGAGCACUGAUUCCAGAGAAAAGAGAACUGUGGCCAGCGGAGGACGAGGAAGAGGAAGAGGCGGAGGAGGAGGAGGAGGAGGAGGAUGAGGAGGAGGAGGAGGACGCAAGUCUGCCGGGGGUCUUGGAACCGGACGAGGAGUUCAGCUCUCCCCCAGAACAACAGCCAGAACCGGAGCUCAUUGUGAAAGUGCAAGUGAAGACCAAAGAACAGAAGAAGAAGAAGAAGAAAAAGAGGAAGAAGCGGAAGGAGGAGAAGAAAGAGCAGGAGGAGGUGGAGGGGGAGCAGGGGGAGGGGGAGGAGCAGGAGGGGGAGGAGCAGGAGGGGGAGGAGCGGGAGCAGGAAGACGAUGCGGCGGACAGGGAAAAGAAGAUCAGGACUCAUGGAGAAGGACUAAAAGACCUACAGGACGAUGAUGCCUCCUCCACCACCACCGACACCUCCACCACCGACCUGGAGGCCUUCAUCAGAGAGGAACCGGCGAGGAAGAAAGGAAGGACUGUGAGCUUUGAAACCGGAGAAGAAGAAACGGAAGAAAUCGGAAGAAAGAAAUCGGAUCUCCAUGUCGCAUCCAAAACUCAGAAACCGGGAACUCCCAAACCAGACAGCCAAUCGGGAACACAAACCAACACAAGAGACAGCCAAUCAGGAACAGAAAUCAGCAGGAGUGACAUCCAAUUAGGAACAGGAUCCACCACCAGUAGAGAAACCCAAUCAGAUACUGGAUCCGUCAGGAGAGACAGCCAAUCAGAUACAGAAACCACAAGGACAGACAGCCAAUCAGGAACGGGAACCCCAAGUACAGACAGCCAAUCAGGAACAGGAUACCCCAGGAGAGACAGCCAACCAACCACAGCUAGUCCUCUAGAGCUGUCCAAUGUGCCCCAUGUGGAGACUAAAGACCAGACCUUCCCAGCCAGCCAUCCUCAGACUCCCUCCAGUGUCCCGAAGAACAAAACCUCGCCCCAAAACAGCUUCUCCCAGCAACAGGAGGACCACCAGCUCCCUCAAAUCUCGCCGCAGCCAGGCAGCCCUGUGCCGGACCUGGACUGCUGUAGAAACCACCUCCCAGAGCUGGACCACUGUGUUUUCUACGAGGACGGGGAGAACCUGGACCCUCCUGAAUGGGAUCUUCCCCAGUUUGCUAGUGGCAGCCAGGUAGCCACUCUUCUGCAGAUCUCUUUGCAGACCAGGAACACAGAACACUUCCUAAGGAGGGCCAUGAUGGGGCUUUGCUCCCCUCCGCCUGGACUUCCCGCCCCUCUGCCCGUUGACGGUUACAGAAACCUUCUGGACACCACAAGUGAUGAAACCAGGAGGGCACCUGGGACCGGUCGGAUCCAGGAACAGGACCACAGCUCUGCUGCACUGCCCGCCGGCUACGACCGGAGUCCAGGUGCUCCUGGGAAGUGGCGACCAGAGAAUCCAGCCCACAGAAUCCUGACACACACCACCUCAGUGGACAGUUUCGGGUCUGAGAGGUUGUGGACUCCUCUGGUCAAACCAGCCUCUCCUAACGUUAGUCCUCACAACUCCUUCUCAGCAUUCGGUCACAGCAAUUCCUUCAACCUGAGCACAGUUUUUAAAGGAAUAAAUGAGGCCAAAAAGCCAGUUGAACCGACGCCGGCAGUGUCGUCUUCGUCUGCGUCUAUCUGGGACGCGGCCCCCAGCGACCCUCUCACAACAUGGUCCACUAGCUGCGGCUCGCCAACCAUCCCGACAACGUCCAUCUUCACCACCUCGGGGAACACCUGGUCCACCACCGGCCCGUUCAGCAGCCCCGUCUGGUCCAUCAGCCAAGACCCCACCCUGCACAACUGUUUCACCACCCCCUCUGAGGUCACGCCCACCACCCAAGAGGCUCCGCCCUCUCCUGGGGAGCUGAGCCCGACGUAUAACCCCUGGAGCCUGUGGCGGCCCAUGUUGAGCAGGUCUGGCUCCGAGCCCUGGCCCAGCCCCCCCCAUGAUCCCAUUUGAGGACUUGAGGCGGAAAGAAAAAAAAACUUUUGCUGUGAAACAAAUUUUAAAUAAGACAUUCCAAACUAAAACUGAUCCCCAUACGGUGAGGUCAUAACUACAGUAAGGUCCCCACACAGUGAGGUCCCAGCUACAGUAAGGUCCCCACACAGUGAGGUCCUAACUACAGUAAGGUCCCCACACAGUGAGGUCCCAGCUACAGUAAGGUCCCCACACAGUGAGGUCCUAACUACAGUAAGGUCCCCACACAGUGAGGUCCCAGCUACAGUAAGGUCCCUACACAUUAAGAGCCUCAUAAAUAAUAAAUAAAGUGAGGUCACCCACUCUUUGUAUUAAAGAUAUGAAAGGCAUUUUUAACGGCCGGCUUCAUCUCAAAUUGAAACAUGGGGAUGUUUUUAGUCUGCUAGACUUAUUGACUUAUUCUCAUUUAUUACGUUCUCGUAAUAUAUGACUUUCAAUUAAACUGUUGUCCUUCAGUGAUCUACAGUGAGGUCCAACCACCAUAAAGCACUCUGACAAUCCAGAUUUCCCGAUACAGAAAUGAACAUAUCAAUUUUUUAUAGAUUUUAAUAAAAUGUAGAAGGUU